UGCUUUUUGAGUUAUUAGCUGCGAAACCUUAUAUGACGUAGCCAUGAAAUUUUGUAUUAGUUGAGCAGCCAAAUGGAAAGAGAGUUGUAAAUUAUAAGAAACCCGCCAACGUUUCUGACAUAAGAUUUGAGUCAUAGCUUGAAUCAUAUCUUAUUAAAAACAAUAAUAAAAAGAAUAAUAGAUGAUGUAAAAAGUAGUACAGUACAAUCAAUCAGUCCAAACAUUACCCAAUUAAAGCAAACAGUUGUGAUUGGAGGACAGUGCUUUGGGUAAUCAUGAAAGAGAUUCCCCAUGUUUGUAAUUUACAUGUUAAAUGAUUUGUUUUAGCAACAAAAAAAAAAAAGAAAAGAAAAGGAAGAAUAGUGGUCGGAUAUUAAGCCACAAAUCAACAUCAUCUCCCUCAACAUCCACUACAGCUAUGGAAAAUGAACGGAGGAAGACUCCGGAUAUCUUUGCCGUCCUUGACUAAAUUAUGGACUAAACUAGCAAUAAAAAAUGGUUAAUCUCACAUUAAAUUAACUCUUUCUUUGUAAAUCAAGUCAUGGACUCGAUUCACAUAUAACAUCAUGCAAGACAAUAUCUCUUUGGAUUAUCCCCACACCCCUUGCAUUUUCGUAUAAUUUAGACUUUAAUAUUUACUUUUUCAUGUAAGGAAAAAGCGACUGAUCAUUGAUGCUAGAAAUAGCAUGCUUUAACAUCUUUACAUACACAAAAAAAAAAAAAGGAAAAAAAAUCCCAGAUUUAUCAAGAACAGAGAAAAGUCCAUUGACUUGCUCCAUAAGUUUCAAGACUACAACGAUGAAUUGGUUCCUUGUUAGACAAGGCUAAGUUCCUGCUCCUUUUCCAAAUAUUUGUUUGUUUGAUGACUGUUCUUGGCAGUUUUGUUAAACCUGGUAGAUACCUGUCUGUUGAAGUCUUGGUCGCAGCUUAAGUCUGAACAACUAUGAAGAAAGUUGUCUUGAAAUUGGAUUUACAUGAUGACAAAGGGAAACAGAAAGCCAUGAAAGCAGUUUCUGGUCUAUCAGGGAUUGAUUCUAUUGCCAUGGACAUGAAAGAUAAGAAACUUACAGUGAUUGGCGAUGUUGACCCUGUUGACGUGGUCAGCAAGUUAAGAAAACAAUGGUACACAGAGAUUGUAACGGUAGGACCGGCGAAAGAAGAGAAGAAAGAUGGAGGUAAGAAAGAUGAAGGCAAGAAGGAUGAUAAAAAGAAACAAAGUGAUCAGAUUGAUGAGCUUGUUAAGGCCUACAAGGCCUAUAAUCCUUACAUGACUACACAUUACCGGGUGGUGAGUGCAGAAGAAAAUCCGAAUGCUUGUGUUAUCUGCUAAAUUCGAGACCCCUGAAGAACAAACAGAGGAUUUGGAACAUUUCCAUGCGCCAGUGAAUGAACUUUGAAGCGUUCAAAGCCCCGCUUGGAGACCAACCCAGAAAAGGGUUUUCCAGUCCUACGCAUAGUUUGAUAAUUACAAGGAUUGGUAUUUUACUGUUGUUCUCUAUAGAACAUGUUGUAAAAAGUGUAGAGAAAAUGAAUAAAAUAUUGGAUUGAGAAUCAUUUUGGGGAUAGUACUGGAACCAUAUUUUGCUUGA